UUCACUACUUUUUCUCCAAAAGUCACCACUUUUAGGAGGCAUUUAAGGGGACAGACCUAAAUUUGAGUUAAAAUCAGGGAGGGUAAAAGUGUGGUUGCAUUUGGGAAAAAGCACAUUUAAAGAGAUUGCGUUGCGGGCGCCCCAGUCCGGCUACACAUCAACCGUGUCCGGUUUGAUAGCGCCGGUGCGGAACUGUCAAUGACUCUCUGCGUCUGUGGGUGGCAGCAGCGCGUUCCUCCUCGUAGUCUCCGUCAGUCCCCCUCCACCUCCCCGGGAGGGGAACGCUGCAGCGCCAUCUUUGAGAGGCGGCUGCUACUAGAGAGGUGUAACGCUAUGGGUACAUCGCUUACCGUUCCGGUGCAGUGAAUUCCGUGCGGACUGUCAGACAGAACGUGAUUACCGGAAGUAAACAACAGUAGGCGUGAGCACGCUGCACACAGGACACGGUCCGGUAGUGCAGCAGCAGAAUUAUCACGCCUCACGCAGAAGGGCUGCUUGUAAAGCCUGUCUCGAGAAAGGCAGCGCGCGCCGCGCGGUAUGCACCGUCUGCCCUGAGCUGUAGCCACCGGCUACGUACUUCAGACAGAACAGUCCCUUCUGUUUAGCUGGUCCCACCAGUGGUAGAGCUGGCCAGUGGAGUGUCUGAGGGGCUCGCUCAGGAGGGAGAGCGGCACUGCAGGGGUGAGAACAGUGUUAGCGGCCGGAGGUGGUCAUGUCGUCCAACUGCUCGAGUGCGCCGGUGGCGUCGGCGCUCAGUGCCAGCAAAACCAAGACCAAGAAAAAGCACUUCGUUUGUCAGAAGGUGAAAUUAUUCCGGGCUAGCGAACCCAUACUGAGUGUGCUGAUGUGGGGCGUUAACCACACGAUUAAUGAGUUGAGCAACGUUCCUGUUCCAGUUAUGCUAAUGCCAGAUGACUUCAAAGCAUACAGCAAAAUAAAAGUGGACAACCAUCUUUUUAACAAGGAGAACUUACCAAGUCGCUUUAAAUUCAAAGAGUACUGCCCACUGGUGUUCCGAAAUCUUCGUGAAAGGUUUGGGAUCGAUGACCAGGAUUACCAGUAUUCACUCACACGGAGUGCGCCGUUAAACAGCGACUCUCAGGGUCGCUUUGGAUAUCGUUUCCUUACGUCUUUUGAUCGAAGAUUUAUUAUUAAAACGAUAUCUAGUGAAGAUGUAGCCGAAAUGCACAACAUACUGAAGAAAUAUCAUCAGUUUAUAGUGGAAUGUCAUGGCACCACACUUCUUCCACAGUUUUUGGGAAUGUAUCGUCUUACCGUUGAUGGAGUGGAAACAUACAUGAUUGUCACUAGAAAUGUAUUCAGUCACAGACUCACAGUACAUCGGAAGUAUGACUUAAAGGGUUCAACUGUGUCUAGAGAAGCAAGUGACAAAGAAAAGGCCAAGGACUUGCCAACAUUCAAAGACAAUGAUUUCUUGAAUGAGGGACAGAGACUUCACAUUGGAGAUGAAAAUAAAAAAAUAUUUGUAGAGAAACUCAAGCGGGAUGUGGAGUUUUUAGCUCUGCUGAAAAUCAUGGACUACAGUUUACUAGUUGGCAUUCACGAUGUUGAUCGAGCAGAGCAGGAGGAGAUGGAUGUGGAGGACAGAGCGGAAGAGGAGGAUUUGGAAAAUGAUGUAACUGGAACCAACCCCAUUGGAUCAUAUGGAACACCACCAGACAGUCCUGGCAAUUUACUGAAUGCUCCGCGGUUCUUUGGACCUGGUGAAUUUGAUCCUACGGUGGAUGUUUACGCCAUGAAGAGCCAUGACAAUGCUUCCAGAAAAGAGGUAUAUUUCAUGGCGAUAAUUGACAUCCUUACUCCGUACGAUACGAAGAAGAAAGCUGCUCAUGCUGCCAAAACGGUAAAGCACGGGGCUGGUGCAGAGAUUUCUACAGUAAAUCCAGAGCAGUACUCAAAACGUUUCAUAGAAUUUAUGCAGAACAUCAUUUCAUAAUGUUCUUCACUUUCCAUAAAAAUGCCCGCAGUAGGGCUUCUACUGACGAGACUAGGCAGCUUGCGACUGUUAACGAUGGACACUGGAUAAGUAAAGCGAGCAUACGUCUGCAGCCUGCAGAAAACAAGUUGGCAGCAUCGUUUGAUGUAGCAGUUACUUCUCCACAGUGGCAACUGUCUUUUGAAGCAAAGAAAAGACUUAAAAGAAGUAUUUGUCAGUUAUCCUUCAUUCCAACAGUACAUUGAAGAUUUUGUUUACUCUUGUUACAUCAGCAUUAGUAUUUAUUACUGAAAGAAAAUAAAAAAAAGUAUAUAGCCUAUUAACAGUAUAUUCCUCUUGGAUGUGUUAGCACAUAUCAGCAUUGAGUCUGGUGGCAUUGAAACAGACAGCAAGUCUCAGAAUUGCUAAGAGAACUCCGAUUUCAUACGAAUGUCAGUGGGACAUCGGAAUGGAUGUGUACAUCUGGAAUUUCUCAGCUCCUCCCCCAGGAGAGCAAACCAUCUUUCUUUCUUGACUGUUGCACAUAAACCUGCUUGACAUUGAAGAAGAAAAAAAAAAAACAUCUGAAGGAAUUAUUCUAGGGUCACUUGUCAGAUCUGCACUGUUUCUGCAUGCCUUCCUUAAAAGCUGUGGAUUCAACUGAAUCUCUAAGCAUUUACUGUCAAAUUAAUCUGGAUAAAAUUGUCACUGAAAGCUAGAAAGACAAUUUCUUUGUGCAUUUGGAGUACUGCAUUUCUUAUGUAGUAGUUAAAGGAUGCCACAACCAACACAUACAAGGUAUAAUUAAUAACCAGAGCAAAAUGUGUCUUGUGUCUGACCAGUUCAGUCAUGUUUAUGAAGGAAAUGAAAACGUAGUAAAUGCAGAUUUUAUUAAUAUGCUUUAAAACAACAAAAUGUAGAUUGUUAGUAAGGCCCUCCUGUAAGUGACCUAUUGUAUUCUGUAAGGAAUACUUUGCACAUAAGGAAGUCAGAGGUCAUAUGUAUUCGAUGGGGGUUACAUUUUUAAUCUAACACUAUGUUAGAAACAAUAGUGCCAUUGGGUGUAAUCUUAUAACGUGGCCAGAUUAUGUCGUUGGGUUUGCAGUAUUCAUGGCCUGAGAAAGACAAACCUGCUGUUGAAGCCUUCAUGCUGCACAGUAGUAUGAUUAAAUACGCAGCACUAUUCCUGUGGAAGUUAGCGGUGCCACAUCUUUGUGUAUGUGUUACAGGUGGUGGGGUGGAAAAUAGAUGGCAUUAGGGGAGUUUGGGGAUUAUACAACAAGCAGUGAAGUCUCACCACUGUUAGCGUUGUCUCACUGCCAUUGUUUAUGUUGCCACAUUGUACGUGGUGACUUAGAAAAGCUGUAUUACCCAGAUUUUGUAUCUUUAACAUGUAAAAUGAUUUUUGUACAUUUUUGUUUACAUAUUGAAGUGUUAUUAGUGCUUAUUUUUAUUUACAAACAGUAUUAGAAAAGUGUGUUACACUGGUAAUUUCUCUAAAAGGGAAUCACUUUUUCUUGUUUCUUUGUUGUAUAUUACCUUUUGUGCAUUUUAAGGACUGAUUUAGGCAGUUUAUUUAAUAUUUUAACCUUUUGUCACUCACAGAGGCAAGAAGGGUGCUUUGCAUAUGUAGUUUGCCUGCUCCUGAGUUCUGCCGUUACCACACCACCCUGUGGUUAAUACUGUUCCCUUCUUACAGUUCGCCAAAUCAUGAUGACAGGCUGGUUCCCCCACGCAAGCAGUGUUGAGCAGUCAUUUUCACAAAAGUGAAUGUUUAAAAACUCAUAAAUCUGCAAACAACUUCUGAGAAUAUUGGUUGAGUUGUUAGCUUGUGGUCAAUAUGGUCUUAAAACAAGCAAAAAGUGGUUGCACAAAAAAUAAAGUAAUAGCUGUUUGUACCUUCUGCAAUGGGUACAUUUUGGGAUAUCCCUUCUGAUAUCCUUAGAAUUGCAUAUUUUUUACAGUCCUACACUAGGAGAUGCAUGUGCCUCCAGUGACACAGGAUUUAAGCCAUCUAGCUGGUAGGGUGUGUGUAUGUCAUUGUUAUCCAGUAAUUUAUUCCAAGACUCAAAACUGUAUCACAAAGCCAGUUAAUGGUCCCUUGAUGCCUGUUAAAAUUUUCCAGGUAUAUGUAAUAGCCAUACAUUUUAAAUGCUUUUCGUAGGAAAGGUGCAGUGUUCAUUGCCUAAUCUGCAUGAACAUUCGGUCUGUUGUCCCAGUCAGCAGAUCACUAGCCAAGAUGUGCACUUAUAAAAUCUCAGUUGCCUGAGGGGAAGGGAGCAUGAAUUGCAUCUUUACCGUAGAUAUCCGUUUUUAAGGCAGAAGCUCAUCACCCUUGGGAGUUUGAGGGAAGAUCAAUGCCUGCACUGCUACAAGGAAAACAACAGCUUUGGGGAGGGUACCAGGUACUAGUACUGGCCGGGGGGUCUUCUCAUGCUUCUUCAUUUGUGCCAAAGUGAUGGCAGAAAGUAAAAGAUCUGGAAACCAGAGAAUGGUCAAGUCCUCCUCCUCCUUGAAGCUUCCUCCCAUUCUGUGCAAGUCCUCCCUUGAGUAGAUCUGUCAUCAUUUAACAACAGGAGAUGCUUGAGAAGUUUACCUGCUACAACUACCUUGAGAAGAGAUGUCUUAGGAUGUCAGCACUUACCUUGUUUUAUGAGCAUAGCAGCCCCUGACUAGCUGAUAAAGCAUGAUCCUUUGAGUCUAAAAUCAGAACUGGAGAGUCCAGUCCUCCCCCAAGUGAAGGAUGAAUGACUUGUGACAGUUGAGACUCGCAUUAAUUCCUCUUAAACCACAUGGCCCCAUAUGAAUGACCAGAUCUUGGUCAUAUGAGCAUGAUUCAGCAUUUGUGAGAUUUUUCCCUUGCAGAUAUGGUAGUACGCAUGUACAGAGCACGGUUUGACAUCUGCACCACACCCUGUGCCUGCCUACUGUAAUCCAGCUGCUCCUACUGUGUGCAUCCCCGAAGACUGGUGGCCCUUUCCCUGGCAUUCAGUGCUCACUUGCAUCAGCCCCUGUUUGUGACCGGGGAAGGAGACUUUCUCCAUCACUUUUAAGUCUUCCCCCUGAGAAGGGGUUCUGAGGAUCCUAAGAUUCUUGUUUCUGAAAUGGAGAAGGAUAGUGAGAUUUCUCCUCCCUCAGUUGUCCCUCCACAUGUUCUAUCCUUUUAGGGGACUGGAUGAUUGAUGAAGUCCCCCAUGUACUAGCAAUUUUCUCCCCUGCCUUCUUUCCAGAAAUAUUUGGGUAUAGCUUGAUAGGUCCAUAAGUUGUUAACACAGAAAAACGUUGUGCUUUCCUUGCUUCAGACAAGUUACUCUUUUGGACAAACUGCUUCCAGUCAGUAAAACAGCUGAACAGAUUUCUGCAGGGGAGUUUCUUUGAGUCCUGAGGAACAUGGCACGUUCCAUCCUGAUGGUACCCUAGCAAGGCUACAUAUGAAGAAACAUAAGUAUUUGACAUGGAAAAUUAAUUUACAAGUGGUGGCUAUCUCAGCCAGAAGAAUUUGAGUUACAAGCCUUGAUAUGCAGAGACUCCUUUCGUCCAUAGGGACAGUCAGGGCCAACAUGUGCACUAACCCUGUCUUCAUGCCUAAAAUGUUAACAGAGCUAUCUUGCAGUCAGGCUUUCCAUCUAUUUUCCCAUUCCUGCCAAAAAACAAAAGGGAAAGGAUCUUACACUCCAUUGGGGUGCAGAGGUAGUUAAGGUAUUACUUGGAUAGAACAAAAGUAGUAAGCUAAUUGGAACAGCUGUUUAUUUCAUUUGUAAAAGGGAAAGGAAGCAGGCAUGAUUCUAAACAAACUAUUUCAGAAUGAAUGACUAGCACUUUGCAUUUACUAUUGUUACACCUUUUAUGGCAAGUCUGUCCCAGCCAACCUGUUCACUCCUCUAGGGCCACUAUAGCCACCACUCAAGCCAUUCUGGAAGCAGCUACAUGGUCACUUGUCCAUGCCUUCUCCAAGCAAUGUAAUCUGGACAUUUCCUGUAGAGCAAGAGCAGGUUUUGCCACAACCUUCCCUCAGGUCUUGCUGUCGUUCACUCCUUCUGAGCACUAGCCACCUACUGGUGCAUAAGCUUUGGGAAUCUUUGUGCCAUUACUGUGACAGUGAAAUGUGUAGAGCGUAGUACUGCUGUGUAGGAGCUUAUUCGAAGUAUUUUCAUUGUUGCAGUAACAUUUCCCUCCAGUUCCUGUUUUGGGGCUUUAAUGAGGUAUAGUGGCUACCCUAGUAAUUCUUACUCUUAAAUUUUCUCUCUACCCCCCCCCCCCCAGACCAGAUACCCACCUUUCUCAGGAUUGACCUAUGCCCUACAGGGACAGUUCUGGUUGUUUUUCUCCCUAGGGCAUCAUUACCUCCAGAAUAGUCAGUGAUCUGACUCUACUUCUGUUAAGAAGAGCCUGAACAAGAAAACUAAAUAUGUUACUAGCAGAUCUCCCCCUUAAACCAUUGAUACCCAGUCUGCUGGUGUAUGGGUGGCAAAAUAUGAAGCCCUGAAGUAUCAUUACUGCAAUAGUGAAUGUGUAUCUGUAACAAAAAUGCAAAGGAAUGUGUAGUUGUGUUAGAACUUACUGUAAUUGUAGAUGUUUCACUGCUGGACUCCUUAGCAUUUUUAUCAUGUAAGUAUGCACAGUACUUCUUUUUAAGUACCAGAUGUUCUGAAAGCAGGAAUUCAAAGUUUAGGACCAGUGCCAGGCAAUUCAGUACCAAGGAGUUGUAGUUAUGUUCGGACCCCUUUGGCUCCCAUGCAGGUAGAUCAAUUCCAUCUCAACUUUUAAUGACACCAGCAGAAGUAAUGAUGGCGCUAACAUCUAGACAAGACUUUUUUGCCAGCUUCCAGAAACGCAGGUUCGUUACCCCCCCCUCCAGAAGAUGGGCCAGAAAUGCUGCUUAUAGCUUCAUUUUAGCCAGACCAAAAGACUUAGCAAAAGAGUCCUCCUGCCUUCCUCAGUGUUCUGUGAUUUUUUCCCCAAAAAGGCAACAGAAGGCAGUACAAUAAAGGUGGUGUAUGUGGUUACCUCUGGAUUUGCCAGUCACCGUCCUGGCUGAAAAGGCAGGUGAAACUCCGCUGCAUUAUCACUUGAUUGAGAAUGUAGGAAGUAUCUGCACAUUCCUUCUCUUCAAAGGAGGCUGCAGCAGGCAUGUGUUUAUUUUAAUUUAAUUGAAACACUAUACCUCACUUUUCUUUCUCCACUAGUAGUAGUUUCUUAUACACUGGACCAUGUUUUCGGACUGCCAGUAAAUUGCACAGUCUGGCCAACCACUUCCAAAACUGAUCAUGUUUCUGAGCUGCAGCCCUGUGCAGUGCUUCUUACCCCAGUUUCCCAGCUGUCCAUCUCUCAACUAGAGAGUACAGGGAGAUGGACAGUCUUGGUCUGUGCGUGUUUGUCUGCUGCACUUCCUUUUUGAGCCCUGAGCUACUGUAAAACGUGGCUUAUUUUCGGAGGACUUUGUCCAGUGAAAUUCUUCAUUUGAUGAAGAAGCUAUUGGAUCAGCCGAAGGCCAAAGCCGCUGCUUCCUCAAAGAAGACCAACCUUGGCUGUGUUAUGUAAGUUGGGAUAAAAGUGUCGACCAGAAUGGUAUAGGCUUACACUGACACUCUUGGUGCCAGUUAAUAAACUUUGCUGAAGAUGUCAACGUGAAUUCUUAGACUCUCCCUAUUCAGGUCAUCUCCUGCUUUGUGAUGAUAUUAAUAGGCACUGCAAAGAUAUGAAUGAAGAGAGGAAGACUGCCACCACCGUAGGUCUAUAUUGUUAAUGUACAGUUCAGAAGAGACAGAGUCGGAUGCAACUCUGAUAUGGUCCACAGAGUGAUACUCAACAAGUGAAAACUGGAUGGGGUGAGUCACAGCAAAACCACCUCCAGAGAAGUCAUCCCUCAGAGCCCAUGGUAAACUUCCUGUCCCUAGAAGUUCUUUUUCAGUCCCCGGGUAAAUAGUGUUUCUGAAUGUUUCCCAGAUGGCCGCACUCUGGAGGCAAUCACCAGAUACAGUUGGGUCAGAGAUGUAAUAUCUAGAGGUUACGUAAUUCCUUUCCUUGUCCCUGUCAUGAGUGUCCUUAUUAGAUGUCUGAUUCCAUCAGAAGUCCACAGCCAGAGCUGUCAAAUAGGUUCCAUCAUUCCAGAAAGGAGAGCUGUCAGAGGUUCCAUCAUUCUCGAAAGGAGGAGAGCUGUCAGAGGUUCCAUCAUUCCCGAAAGGAGGAGAAUGCCACCACUCCAGAUUGUUUUUGAUGCCAGAUAAAAACAAAAGGACUCAGGCCCAAUAAGAUAUCAGCAAUCUAAACCAACAGAUGCCUAGAGAAACCUUUCAUGUGGUCUUGGAUGGGACGUAAUAUUUUGCACUAUGAACUGUCACAGAUUUUAUCUGCUUCUUGAAUCUUUAGGAUGUUUGUCAGAAUUGCCAAUGAGACCAGGAGUUACCUGUGCUUCAGGGUCAGAGCAAGUCGUCAUAAGUUCAGAAGUGUGGUCAUUCUUGUAGGGAAGUAGUACGGUAUCCUUUCUUAAAAAAAGAAGGAAUUCCACCAUGGUGGUUGUCCCUUUUCUCUGGAAAUGUGGUGUCUACCCCAUGAUUCAUCCUGCUGCCUUUUGGAAGUCAGACACGUCCUUGCUGCUUGCAAGCCCCCCCCCCCCCAAAAAAAAAGACCAUCUAUUUUUUGAUGUUCUCAGCCUUAUAAAAUGAACCACUGUACUAUAUGGAACCAUGCCUUGUAUGUGUUACUGCAAAAGUCAGUGUCAGAUUAACACAGUAGUUACAUAAACUUGUAUGUCGGUUUUUGCAUAAGGCUGCUACAUUAAGUAUAUUGUCCCUGGCCACCAAGGUCCAUAUUGUUUCUGCAGGGGCUUUUUUCUGGGUGCGUACCCUAUUAGUUUGUUUGCAUUGUCCUUUCUUUCUGUAGGGUGGGAAGGUACACAUCGCUCAUUGUUAUUACUGCAUGACUUGCAGGUAGGAGUAAAUCCGUGUUUGUUAGCACUCAGAACCAUUGUAUGCCAUGGUUCCAGUGGCCUGAUUUGUCUCUGCCAUGUCUUCUGACAUGCAGUUUUUGAGUGAAAUUCACAUAUCUGUUCCAGCUUGCUUUUUAAAAGUGUUUUGCUAGCUACUGCACUUCAGUUAACUUUUGGAAUUUGCAUUUUAAAAUUAUCUGUAAGGCUUUCAUUCAUGGAUAAUUCUUAAAAGAUAAGAGUUGACAUAUGAUGUGAGCUAUGGCUGAAUGGGUUUUAUCUACAUAGUAUGUUGCCAGCAUAACAAAAUGUCCACAGUGUGUUAAUGUGACACACUGAGAUUGUACUGAAUGCUGUUUGAUCAGUUGCCUACACUUACCUUCAAAUUAGUUUCAGAGCCUACAAUACUGUGUGUGUGUGUGUACUACAAUAAUGUAAAUUUUGUGGGGAACCUAUAUAGGCCACAUAAAGGAGCCGGAUAUGUCACAGGGCAUAACCAAGUGUUCCAAAAAAGGGACUGAAAUGCAAUCUGCAGAAAGCAGCAUCUUUCACUUCAUUUGGACUUGUUAAUAUGCCAGUAGUUUAACUUGGUCAAAUCUAAAACCAGCUUAUUAAUGGUAACACAAAUCCGUUAUUUAGUAAGUUUAACUUGGUCAAACAUAAAACCAGCUUAUUAAUGGUAACACAAAUCAGUUAUUUAGUAAAGAAAGAAAAAAGAUUAAAGUAGAAUUUUCAUGAUUUGACCGCUCUUACUAGCGUAUAUAGUUGAACCUGUAAGGCACACCUGCACACAUUGCCCAGUAACACGGACCAGUUUAGGACGUGUAUGACUUUACACAUGCAAAGAUCUUCUUUACAAGAAUUCACUAUCUUUUAUGUAUUACCAUUGCUGUAAAUUUAAGGACAAGCUUAUUGCAGUUGGCUCAUCAGAAUUUUGUCUUUUUUUUUGAGGUGGGGUGGGGUAAAGCAUGGGAGCCAUGUAAUUUAUUGAUGAAGAAUGCAUUUUUUGUCAUUGUUUACUUGGGGUAUAGGUAGUGUGUGAAACUAUACUUAUUUUUCAGUGCAUACAGUGUAAACCUCUAGGCAUUAGAAAGGAAGGAUGCAGUAUCAUUCAACAACUCAUUGAGAUGUUAGUAAUCCCCCCCCCCCAAGGAAAGGUACUUUACUCUAGUAGGGGCUUUGAAUUUAGAAGUCAGCUCAAUAACAGCUGGACAUGGCAGAAAAGACAGCAUUCACAAAAGAAACCUUGACCUCUGAGCAGAAGAGUGGGGAGGUGGGUGGGGUCUUAAUCGCUACAGUACUACUUGUGUGUAUUUGUAUUAUACAGAGGGUCCGUGAGGGGGGACGUUCUUAAUCUCCACAAUACUAUUGGGUGUAUUUUUAUUAUACAGAGGGUCCAUGGGGGUGAGCCUUCUUAAUCUCCACCGUACUACUUGUGUGUGUGUGUUUGUAUUAUACAGAGGGUCUGUGGGGGGGGGGGUGUUCUUGAUCUCCACAGUACUGCUUGUGUGCAUUUGUAUUAUACAGAGGGUCCUAAAGUGGCAAGUUUGCACAAUAGAAGAACAGUAACUCUUAUUGUGACAUGUAAUGAAGUACACCCCUCCCCAAAGCAUUCUGCAUUCCAUGCUAGUUCCUUUCCCCUAAAUAAGGGAUGCUUUGAAGUGGUAGUGUUCAGAGAAACUAGGAGGCCCAGAUUACAAAGUUCUGUUGAUACUGCCUUUACAGCGAGUUACACCGUACUCAGAAAUUACCUGUUUUUUUUUUUAUAUCCCCUGCGGCUGUCCUUGUUAACCAGGUCCAACAAACGCUCCUUAUCCACCCCUUACUUAGUCCGACCCUUGCCUAGUGACAGUGAGGAAAUUAAAGAUGCUGGUGCAGUGUAAUUCUCCCUACUGAGGAGUGUGCCCUAGCUGCAGUUUCCUUACAUCAGCAACCUUUGGAGCUCUGCAGUUGCUGACCUUGGGAGGUGCCUGCUCGUGUCGACACAUGCACAACCUUCCGACUGUGCAGCACGGAGCUAGCCAUGUCCUGCAUAUUAUAGCAAGCCUUUAGGUUUCCUCCCUCUCCGUAGGAUGGGCAAGCUGUUAUCAGCCGCUCACAUUCACUGUCCUCUUGCAGCCCCAUCAACGCCCAUGAUGUUAAUCAAGCACAGUUGUCAGCAUCACUAUAAAGGCUUUAUUCCUUACUACCACAAGGUCAUUGCACUGCCUUUUAUGUCUAAAAUGCCUCUUGUUUUUAUAAGCUUUUUAAAAAGGCGUAGUAUUACUUCUGUUCACAAGCUUUCUGUUACUGUUGUAAUCCUGUAGGAAAAAUAUUUGUUUUUGCCACUUACUUGAGCUAUGGCAGCUCUGAGUGUAAACUAUUUAGACAUUUGAGUAACAAAACACUGCAACUACACAUGACAACUAAGUAAAAUGAAAGAAAAAAAUGUGAAGUGUAGACCAAAAAAAGAUUGCUCACACCAAAAAUUAGUUUAGUACUUUCAUUCGUUUACUCACACGAACAUCUUCAGAACACCAACACCAACAGCAAUGCAAAUCACAUACUUAAUUUAUAUGCACAUAAAUUAACCACACAAUGAUAUAAUAAGAUAAUUAAUUAACUAAUUCAUUUCAUAGAAGUAACUAUGAAAGAGCACACAAAAUAUAGAAACCAUCAAUUAGUAAUGGUCUCUGUUAUUUAAAAUGGAUUUCACAUUUAAAGUCCCAUUUAACCCUGGAAGAAUAUCAGCAUUUAAAAAUACCUGCCAUCUAAGCUCCUUAAUCUCUAAGGCAGUAUUAAAAUGACAUACAAAAGGUGUCAAAUUCAUACUAUCUAAUACAAAAAAUGCAGACCAUUCCAUGGCGUGCUUGGCCAAUGCAUUAUUAGUAUCUUUGUUCCUGAUGGCCAAGCAAUGCUCAUAAAUGUGUUUAUAUAAACUUCUAAUAGUUUUGCCUACAUAAAAAUUAUGACAAGUACUGCAAGAAGCGAGAUAAAAACUGUAUCAUAACUUCUGCCUUUACUAACUACCAGUUUCUGAUAUGUGAAAAAUAAAUACUUUUAGAAGAAUCAAUAUAUCAGCACUGUUUACAGUUUUGACAGGGAUAUGUUCCAACUGCCCCUUUAGAUGUAAUAGGAGUGGAAUACUCGCCUAUUUCUAAUAUAGAUUUAACACUAGCUACUUUCUUAUCAAUGAAUGUGGGAUGAUCUCCAACAACUUUAGCUAGGUCCCUAUUCCCUAUAGUAACUUUCCAAUUCCUAUUAAUAACUUGUCUGAUCGCAGAAGAAUCAGUACAGAUGGGAAUAGAAAAGGUGUGUUCCCCUUUAUUGUUUUAUAUCUUUAUCUUAAACAUUAGGGGUAAAGCCACUUAAUAGAAUUGGUGGGAAUUUCAAAUACCCAUUUUUAGAAAUUUCGUCUCUGAUCUUGUUAACUUUAUCUAAAGGGCAUUCUCGCUGUACAAACAUAAGAACUAGUUUAUUAAUUUCAGUCUCAAAACCACUGUCUUCAGAAAUAAGUCUGCUUAAACGAAUAAGCUGACCAUGUACUAAAUUCACUUUCAUGAAUAAUGGAUGUUUACUUUCAAAAUGAAGAAAGUUGUUAGCAUAUGUAUCCUUUUUGUAUAUACUACUAAUAAACUUUCUAUUGUCUAGGUCCAUAAAUAUAUUUAGAUCCAAAAAGUGGACAUUCGUCCCACAAAUGCCAAUUUCAAACUUCAACCCACAAAUGCCAAUUUCAAACUUCAACCCACAUGCGUGGCCGUUGAUAUCUUGUAAAAAGCUAUUCAGCUCAUUAAUGGAUCCAUUCCAAAUGAAAAACAAAUCAUCAGUAUAACGUUUAUACAUGGAAAUAUAUUUAUACCCUUCAAGUUUUGUAAAGACAGUUAAUUCCCACCAAUUCAAAAACAAAUUGGUGAAUGCUGGUGCAACUGUUGCACCCAUGGCAACCCCACAUACUUGCCGAUAUAUCUUUCCAUCAAAAAGAAAGAAAUAGUUUUUUACUACUAAGUCCAAUAAAAUACAAAUGGACUGCACCGUAACAUCUCCCAUCCUAGAAUGAUGGAUCAGAAGUUUUUUUUAACAUAUUCUAAACCUAAAGUUUGGUCUGUAGAUGUAUAUAGUGAUACUAUAUCAACAGUCACCAUGUUGGUUUCAGUACCUUGAAAAACAUAGUUUUUCAGCAAGUCUAAAAAUUGCCACGAAUCUUUAAUAAAAUGUGGAGUACAAGAAACCAAAGGAUUUUAAAAAAAUCCAGAUAAUGUGAAAUGGUCACCCUCUUUCCCUUUUUGGCCAAAACUAUAAGUCUAAAUGGUGGGUUAGAAGAAUUCUUAUGUAUUCUGGGUAUACCAAAAAGUAGACCCAAAACUGGUUCUUCCAUUAACAGAAAUUCAAAAGUAGUCAGACUAAUGUAAUUGUUGUUCAACAAUUCCAUUAAUACAUUGUCAGUGUUUUUAAAAUUUUUCUAACUAGGUCCUUACUAACCACCUGAUAAUUAUUCGUGUCAUCUAACAAACUAUUCAUGCAAGCUUUAUAUUCAGACGUUUUCAUAAUAACUAAACAAUUGCCUUUAUUGGCUUUCAUAUACCUAUAUUGUUGCUUUUGUCUUAAUUCUUUCAAGCUUGCAAGUUCUCUCAUAUCAUAAUGAACUCUUCUACCCUCAUUACAUAUUCUUCUAAUGUCUUUUUCACAAAAUUCACUAAAUACACUUAAUGUAAGCAGUAACAGGAUUAAUAUUGCUUGACUUUUUGCAUUCACUACUAGUAGUAAAAUCAAUUCUAUCAAAGGCAUAUUUUAAAUUUAAUGUCCUAAUAUAUAAUUUAAGAUCAAGUAUAGUGUCAGUAAGAGGAGCCUUAACUGAGGGAACAUAGGAAAAACCUUUUUCCAAAACAUUUUGUUGCAGUUUACUUAAAACUAAAUCACUCAAAUUAUAAAUAGUACACAAUGGAACUACCUCUUUCGUUGUUUUCUGUUCCCUAUCUCCCCUUCACCCCUACUUGCUUCAUAUUGUUCCCCUCUUUCAAUGGCUUCAUUUGAAAAGAAUUAUUGGGAUUAACAGUAUUUAAUGUACUGCAAACUUCGCCCAAAUCAUUGUCAGCCAUAUUACCAUUGUCAUUAGUCACGGGUACUUACCUGUCCCAUGUGAAUUACUACAAUCCACUUGGUUGGGUGUAAAAUGACUUUUAUUAUAAUUGCUGCUAAAUUUAUUGCCUUUACCAACAUUAGCACCACACAAAUAAGCCGUAUUAUUAGCAUAGGCUGUAAAAUCACAUGCAAGUUUCUUUUCCUGCUAAUUAACUACAUGCCUUUGUAAUUUGGCUUGUAUUCCAUCAUAUAAGCCUUUAAAAUUACUAAAAAAUUGCAUCAUUUACAAUACUGUUAUUCAAUUCAGAAACUUCCUGCUUUAAAGCAACAAUUUUACUCAUGUUGAAUUUAAGUAAAAGUUUUAAAGCUUCAUUGCCAGUGUUAUAUAAAGUCACAAAUUCAGAGAAUAUAUCAUCAGUUUCUGAAAUGCCGUUGGGAAAACGAUAACAUCUAAGCCCAAACGGUACUUGUUGGCAGUCGACGCAUGUUUUCAAAUAAAAGUUAUCGUACUCUAAGACCGCAGUCUGAAUAACAUCUUUUCCAGUUGAAAAAUACGUGACUUACAAUUUGAUAACGUAUUAUCAGUUUUUAUCAACUUUCUUGGAUGCAACUUGAACUUCGGCAAACUGCAAUGCUUUGUCAAAAGGAUUGGUAACAUUAACAGCUAAAAAAUUUAAAUCAUAGCCUUCGCCAAAUCCCACUACCACAGUAACAUCACUUCUGGAACUGCUGGCUGACGUAUUCCUCUCAUGGUUGAAAGAUGCCAACCUAGAAACAGGGGAACUAGAAGCCUUAGUCACAGAAAUCAUCUUAUUUAACAAGGACUGCGCUCUCUCAGUAGCUGUGGUUAAACUACUAGUAACCACCGAAAUUUCCUCUGGAAUGCUAUAUACGCUCGGUUCAAGAACUUCAUUUGAAUCCCUGUUGGAUCCCACAAUGGAGGCAUGCGAAGCCGAUCCGUUGUCAAUAGUGGAUGCAGCCAUUAAAAAGUCCAACACCAGUGAGAUAACAAUAAAAAUGAAUGACAAAACACCCCCAACUACACGACAACUAAGUAAAAUGAAAGAAAGAACGCGAAGUGUAGACCAAAAAAACGACUGCUCACACCAAAAAUCAGUUUAGUACUUAUUUAGACAUUUACCACAAAAGCUACCAUUUCUGUACUGUUUAUCAUCUGGUUUUAAAAUGCUUUGUAUUUGGUUACUGUCCAUUUUGUUGUUCUUGAACACCUAGAGUCUGCAGCAGUAGUAUUUACUCAGUCAUCUUGGUGUGGUAGUCCAUAUCCAGCACUUGAACCACCUGCUGUACUUUUUCAUGUCUCUAAUGGUCCUGCUGGCUGGCCCAGAUGCUCUGUCUGACCAGUAUUUCUUGGUCUUUGUUAUCCCCAUGACCUCUUCCACAGUCCUAACACAGAAAUCUGUGGUGCCUAACUGCCCGUUCCCCACAGAGCCUGAGCUCAGUAGUUUCUCCGCCUCCGUGCAUCACUUGUGAUUCUCCGAACAGAAUAAGUGCAGAGCUGUUUUUCAGUGUUUGAUGGCUGUCCUAGAAACUACAUUUCAGGGCUGUGUUGCUUAAUGCAGACAUUUCUACAGCACCAGCAAUAGUGCAAGAAGGGUGGCAGGGAUAAUGGAGCACUACUUGUAGUUUCGUAGGUGGCUGAUAGCAACAGCUUGUGUUUUAUAAGUAAAUAAGAUUUUACCAACAGGUGCCAGCAAUGACUUUUCUUACUUUCAUACCCAAUAUAUGUAGCACUUCUGACUCGUGGGAGGAGGUAGGGAAUUAUACUGAGGAUGUAGCACGUGAACCGGGAUAAAAAGGCAGAAUGAUUAUCGUAUGUUACAUCUGUCUGGACAACAAAGGAGGAAGGUUACUGGAUAGGGUUGUGUAACGUCAGUACUGGCCUGAAAGGGGCAAGGGCAAUACAACCGUGCCAUUAUGCCCUAAUACCUUUAGUAGGAUGACCUGAAACAUCAGGCAUGUUAUUCAUUUUGUGAAUGAAAAGUUCCACGUAACCACUGAAAUGGGACAUUUGCUUGCAUGACCAGUGGCUUACCUGUGUAUUCCUCUCGCUAGGGUUUAUUCACUGCUUAAUCAUGUUGUGUGGAGCCAAACACAGGUAUUGUCAGUGGUUUAUCCAAGUCUGCACUGUGCCCUUGUACUGAACAUGCCUGUAGUUUUAUUUUGCACAUUUUUAAAUGCUAGGCCCUAUAAGUGGCAUACUUUAGUAUAAACAGUUGCUUACUAGUUGUGGGCACUAUUUAGUGAUGUCUUUUGAAGUCUUGGGGUGAAGAUUCCUGCUGCUGCUGUCUAACGUCCCAGAGGGAAGAAUUAGGCCUGUUUCUAAUGUGGAUCAUGGGGAAGCAGCUGUGGUCUUGGAAUUUUACUGCUUUGAUUAUAAUCUUAUUUGUUACAGUAGAAGCACUAGUCCUGUAAUUAUAGGAUCCCUGCCAUAAAUGCUUUGUCUACCAUAGGGUAGUGUAGACAACAGAAUUAUGGGAUAUUUGUAAUCUUGCUAGGAGUGCAGCUUUUUUGCUAAUUGGAAGUUGCGAUUGCACUGGAUGUCAGCAGAUACAGACAAUUGGCAUCUACUUUUAUCCAGUGAACUAUUUAAAACAUGUCCGCACAUGUAGUAGCUGCGGUGAGCCCUGUAUUUUUAUUUGGGAGACUCUCCAUACCUGUUUUAUUGUUUUCCAGUUUUCUUUAAUAGUAUGGUAACAGACUGACUUUAAUCAUCUUUACUGCUACAUCACUUGCUUCAAACUGGGAAGCGUAAGGGACAGUAUUUGUGUUUUAAAUAGAAAGUAGUGUUAGUUAAAACUGACAUGUUGCCAAUUUUCAGAUACUUUGACUAAAUUAAAGCGCUGAUGAUCUAGGAAGUUGAAAGUUCAUUUUGAAUUUAAAGUACUUUCCACCUGAUGACUUGUUCGUUUUUUUAACACAGUAUUUCAUGUUGGCUAUAACAGAGUGGCUCAGGUAAAUGUUUUCAUUGGUAAGAGAACAUAAUUUUUUUCCUGAAUUGGGCAAGAUAAAAUAGAAGUAAGCAUGGUGACAUUUAUGAAAUGUUUCUGGUCCGCACUGGUGAGGGUCUGCCUUGAUCCUGUGCAGCUUGUUUGCCAACAGUUUCGUUCUGUUGCCUCUUUUCUUCUUGGAAAUUCCCUGGUUUGCAUCUAGUAUGCAAUUUCCAGGCUAUAGCCAGCAAGCUUGAAGCCAUGACUUGUAGUUGGAGAGUAUCUCAAAAAUAUUUUCCUGUGCAGAAUUGUAUAAAGAACCAUCUUUUUGAAACUGUACAUAUACUUGUAAAAGUGUACCAACAUAACAUAUUUAGGUUUGUAAUGGAGCAGGAUGACAUUUUGUAUUCAAGAUGAACAACAAAUGAAUAAAAAAGCACAUCAAAAAGACAGGACAGGGUUCAGCAGUUCUAAUAAACUUUGCACAUCCUGGGAGCGUAAUUAUUCUUUCACCUCAGGAUAAUACAGACUUCUCUGAAUGUUUCAUUGCUCAUAAUAUAUAUAACUAAUGAAUUGCAGCAAAUGUUUUUAAAAUGUUCACAUUUAAUGUAACAUUGUCAUUUUGACAUUGGUAGCCAUUGGAGUUACUGUUAAUAAUGCUGUUUUUCAAGUGGGGAAAAUUAAAAACCUGAGAAUUUGA